CAUGGCGGCGGGCGUGGAGCUGGGGUUCGCGGCGGCGCCGGCGCCGGGCGAGGCUUGGCGGCUGCGCAGCGCCCACUUCCCCAGCAAGGUCGGGGGGCGGCCGGCGUGGCUGGGCGAGGCCGGGCUGCCGGGCCCCGCCGCCCUGCGCUGCGGCCGCUGCGCGCAGCCCUGCGCGCUGCUGCUGCAGCUCUACGCGCCGCUGCCCGGCCGCGCCGACGCCUUCCACCGCAGCCUCUUCGUCUUCGCCUGCCGCGGCGCCGCCUGCUACGGCCCGCCCGGCCCGCGGGGCCCCCUGCACGUGUUCCGCAACCAGCUGCCGCGGAGCAACGACACCUACCCCGAGGAGCCGCCGCCGCGGGAGCCGUCGCCCGACAGCGCCGCCGCCGCCACCGCGCCGCCCCGGCGGCUCCGCAGCGGCGCCGCCCUGUGCCGUGUGUGCGGCUGCCUGGGGCCCCGCGUCUGCGGACGCUGCCGCUGCGCUGCCUACUGCGGCCCCGAGCACCAGGCCCUGGACUGGCGGCGGGGGCACCGGCGGGCCUGCGGGCAGCCCGGCGCCACAGAUGAUUCGGAUGCAGUUCCAGACCAUAAUGAAUUCCUUUUUCCAGAACUUGAAAUUUUGAUAGAACCUGAGGAACCAGAAUCUCCUGCUGAUGGCAGUGUAGAUCCUGAUGACAAAGAAGCAGCUGUGGAUACAUCAGAGAACUCAGACAAACAAGAGGAACUCAAAGCUACAGGCAGUGCAAGUGAAGCGUUGGAAUCCUUAGAUGAAGAGACAUUGGAAGCAUUGGCAAAACAUGAGAGUGAAGACGACAAAAUCUUCCAAAAGUUUAAGGAGCGAAUAGCUGCAGAACCAGAGCAGAUUAUUAGAUACUGCCGAGGAGGAGAAGGCCCCAUUUGGGUGUCAAGUGAAAAUAUUCCUGAAGAAAAGGAUAUUCCAAAUUGUUCAUGUGGUGCCAAAAGGAUAUUUGAAUUCCAGAUUAUGCCACAGCUCUUGAACCACCUGAAGGUUGACAGUCUUGGAGAGAGCAUUGACUGGGGCACACUGGUGGUGUACACAUGUGCCAAUAACUGUAAUGAGGGGAAUCAGUACACUGAGGAGUUCAUAUGGAAACAAGACUUCUCUGCAGGUUCCAUGCAACUUCCACCAUGUUACUAAGUUGAAUCAUCUAAAUCUAAUACUUUUCCUUGUUUCAGUGCAUCUGUGUACCUUGCAAACAGGUAACUGAACUGAUGUCACUGAUAUUUUGUAACAGCGAUAAAAAAUAUUGAAAAAAGUGGACUUUGGCAGCUGCUUUCUUCAGUUCCAGUGGAACAUUUUACUUCAGCCUGCUGCUGAAACCAGAUGCUAUUUUUCAGUAAAUUUCAGCUCAAAUCUUGUAUCAGAUCAUACAGCAUAGUUCUGAAUGUUUAAAUAAAGAUGAAACACUUGGAUUGGUAGAA